AUGGAAAAGGAGCUCCAGACGAUUAGCAAAGGGGAGGGUUCAUCCUCAAGCAAGAAUGAUGCAAUAUGGAAGGCAUUAUGGCAGUUCAAAGUACCCAAUACUGGAAGAUAUUUUUGUAGAAAGGUUGCCAUGACAUUCUCCCCACCAAGGAGACCUUAUUUCGCAAACAGGAACUCUAUAGUGCACGAAGGAGAAUUUACACAUUCUAACCAGGUUUUCAAGGAGGCUUUGAUCAAGAUUGAAGACUUCAAGCGAUUCAAUGCACUUGAGCAAAACGAGCAAGUCCUUAUUAAUGCCACACCUCCAACCUUUUGGCAACCGCCACCCCUAGAUAAGGUCAAAGUAAACUGGGAUGCGGCUGUAAACAAAAAACAUGGACGCAGAGGCAUUGGUUUUGUGACACGAGAUAGUAAAGGUUUUAUCUUGGCAACCAGGAGCACCAUCCAAAGAAUUGUUUUGGAACCCAUAGUUGUAGAAGUAGUGGCGGCUUUACAUGCUGUGAUUUUUAGCAAGGAUAUCGGUUUUUUUGAUAUUAUUUUAGAAGGAGAUGCUUUGCAAAUUAUUCAAGAGAUCAAUUCGGAGAGACCCAAUUUGAGCAGGUUUAAUUGGCCUUUUCGUGGAGAGUAUCAAACAAGAAUUGUGUUUGUUGCGUUCACAUAA